UUGUAGGGUCGAAAAUGUGGUUAUUGUGGCUAUUUUCUUCCACAAGAAUACAAUUUGCUCAAUCAUUCGUGCUUUCAACCAUUUACUGAAGGCGUGGAUACGUUGGUAGUAGAUGAUAAUUUCGUAGUCACUGUCUUGUCAGCACCAGAAGAGCACUAUAAUAAUACUUUGCUCUUGGCGGCAUCAAAUAGUGAGCAACAGCCUAUAAGUAAUGACAAUGCAGAUGAGCAGCAAAUUAGCUAUGACGAACUGCUUAUUACUUGUGUGGCUCAGAAGCCAGCAUUAUUCGAUCAUCGAAUUCCUGCAAACGAGAGAAGCAAUUUAAAAAAAAAAGCAUUAUGGCAAGAAGUGUCCAACCUAAUGGGAGGAGUUUUAAGUGCAAUCGAAGCAAAGGAUAGAUGGAGAUAUCUCCGAGACUGCUAUUCGAAGGCAAAAAAGAAAGAAAACGAGUAUAUACCAAGUGGGUCUGGUGCAGAACAGCUUUUAAAAAGAAAGAAUCCAUUUCGAUUUAAUCAAAAGAUGUCGUUUCUCGACGACGUGAUGUUAGGAAAGUCUCCUUUUAGGACGUGUAGCAGUCUCACUAUCAAUACAGCAAAUACUGAUAAGGAAACCAGAAAUAUUGCAACAAAUGAGCCUGCAAAAUUAGUGCCAGUUCCAUUAGACAGCAGAGGAUCUAACGAAUCAGACUGUUCAGAAGAUGCAAUUAUCUGUAACUCUGUCAAGAAAAAGAAGUUAGAUAAGUCCAAAAACGACCAUGACUUUCACGAUAGCGUCAUUGCAGCACUACGCGAUCCGAUUAAGGAAACUGAUGCAGUUGAUGGUUUUUUAAUAACACUGGGCGAAGGACUACGAAAACUGCCCUACAAAGAGCGAUCUGUAAUGCAGAUAAAAUUUCUGUCGCUGAUUAUGGAAAAGCAAGAGCAGCUGGAAUAUCUUUAAGUUCUAUUACGCGCGUUCCAUUCGUCGUUUCCGCGAGAGGGAGAGUAUUUACGUGGUAAAUCAAUAC